GUUAUAGGUAAUUGAUCUUUUUCUUUUGCGUUUGGUUUUCUCCCCACCUUUACUCCAUCACCGACCCGGGACUGGCAUUUCUGUUCCUUUCCUCAUCUGCCAAAUUGUCUCUCCUUUCCCGUAACCACUCGAAUUUCUUUUCUUUGUCACUCUCCACACAUUAUUCUUCGAGUACAACCUUCUUCUCCAUCCAACUGAAGCCGAUUUGUUGAGUCAACUGCUGACUGACGGCCACGCAACUCUAGUAAGCCCACGAAAACACUAGCAAAUACAUAUUGCAUGCCGGUUUGAUCAUCAACUUUAUUCACCUACGGAGUAGUCACUACACCACUAACCGACGCCCACUCUCCUUAACUCUUACGGACUCCAGGCCCAUCACCCCAAGCAAGACCACCACCAUUAUCAACCCCGGGCAAGUAACAGUGAUAGACGCAUCCAAAAUGUCCACCAACUCGCCUACUCUACCAGCACCAGGACGAAACGCCAACAUCUCAACGCGAGACUACAUCAUUUACCUAGGCAACUACCCGCUCCCCCCAGAAACACCCAUCCCCUACUCUACCCACCUCCCACAACACAACCCACUGAACCUCCCAUACGGUCCAUCAGAACCAACCUCCACACUCGUCCUUACAAGUCCAAGUUCCACCUUUGUCGACCUGCGUAUCCUGAAGCCCCUUCAGGAUGGUGACCACCUCCUCCCAAAUCAAGGCGGGCCCAUGCACCGCGUAGAAUGGGCGUUCGCCGGCACUAGCACAUCAGCGACCAUCCCCGGCCGCGAAGACGAGGAAAUCCCUGUCACACACUCCACCUGGCGUCACGACAUUGAUACUCGUUUCCUCCUCCAUGAAGCCAUCCCAGUAGACGAGGGAGACAUGUACGACCUCGGCUCCGGCCGCGCCCUCGAGUUCGGACACGCUUUCAACGAGCACCUGGGACAUGAAGUCGCCUACGAGGAGAUGUGGGCUGAUCUCUCCAUCGAACCCGUAUUCCCGCACACGACUAUGAAGGUAUGCUGUGUGUUGAAAUUAGACGACAAGGAGGGGAGGGCAAAGGGCGUUAUCGUUAGGCUUGGGCAGUUUUGUCAGGGGUUGCUGAGGAAGGGUGAGGGAUGGGUGAUCGAGAGAUGGGAAUUUGAAGAGUCCGAGGGGGGAGGGGCUGUUGGAGGAAGUUGGAAGAGAACAGUUAGGGUCGGUGAUAUGUUCCUACCUUGUGCGGUUGCAUUCAAGAGGGAAGGCGUGCAGGUGGGGACUACAGUUGAGGUCGAUGGAGGGACGUGGGUCGUUGACGAGUAUCUGGAGUGGACUGAGGAUGGGAACGACGUCGAUGGUGGUGAUGACAAUGGUGAUGGGGAGAAGAACUCGGGCGUUUAAUGCGCGAUGUGUAACUAGUAGUUUACUUGCUCUCUUGUCUAUCAACGCGAUCCAUCUGGAUUUGGCUGAGGGACUGGACUGACAAAUAAGAUUGGAAAAUCAUUUUGCACACGGAACGCA